AUGCCGGAUUAUCAGCAGCUAUCGAACGGUGAUCCAGCGGAGAUAAUAGUACGCUCUAUUCAUUCCGUCCAUGUCACAGAAGAGCGCAAGCCAUUCAUCAACACCGACCAGGGCAUCAACCAUCUCUAUCAUGCGGGCACCGCGCGGGCCAACAUCGCCGCAUCUACAGAAUCUCCCCACGGCACAACGGAAAACGACUGGGCGACCCGCCAUUCGCACCAAACCGUCCUACAGCAGCACUGCGACUUCUUCGAUACGGACCACGACGGGAUCCUUUGGCCAACCGAUACGUUUUGGGGAUUCCUCCGCCUGGGCUUUGGCAUCAUUCUCUCCCUUGUCGCCGUCUUCAUCAUCCACGCCAACUUCUCGUACCCGACCGUCCCGACCUGGCUCCCAGACCCCUUCUUCCGCCUCUACAUCACCAACAUCCACAAGGACAAGCACGGCAGCGACACGAACACGUACGACACCGAGGGCCGCUUCGUUCCGCAGAAAUUUGAAGAUAUUUUCGAAAAGUAUGCAGAGGGGAGGGAUUACUUGACGAUUUGGGAUGUGAGCAAUGUGAUGAAAGGCCAGCGAUGCAUUGCGGAUCCUAUUGGUUGGGGUGGGGCGUUGUUUGAAUGGAUGGCAACGUACAUCAUGCUGUGGCCGGAUGACGGACGGAUGAUGAAGGAGGAUAUUCGCGGGAUCUAUGAUGGGAGUAUCUUCUACACCAUCGCGGCGAGACGGGCCCAGGGCAAGAAGCACGGUUCUUGA